GCAGCGGCACUUCUCAUUCCCCCACAUCAUAGGUUAUUUUUGGCCAGAGCGUUAGGUGAUUUUUUAGUUUUGUAUCCUCCAUGCAAUAAUCAAGCUAAAUGUGCGUGUGGCCGCAAAGGAAAGAGGUGAGGGUGAACGUUACACAAUAUCUUGGACGAUUUCUUUUACUUUUACAUUAAUCUCUUCUGUGUUUUCCCCGUCUGUAUACCACUCUCCGAACUGGUGCGAUGAGAAGUCAGCUGUCGCGCGCUCGUUUUCCACAGAAGCGUCACAGGACGCGUCUCAAUAAUCCACUCUUUUACUAAAGCGCACUGCGCUGUGGCGCACCCCUCUGUUUCGCAAUUUUGAGAACCCAGUGUCCCGUUGCUUUUGGGGAUAUUUAAGACACUUUGCAUCGCACUUCAUUCUUUGUUAGUGUGUGGACAUUUUUUGAAGAAUAAGAAGAUAAUCCUCAGACGCGUCCCGGAGCGUUUCAGAAGAUCAUGGAGACUAAUCCAAUACCCAUUUUGACUAUUCAAACUAGCCCUUUCGAUGACCAGAGACCAGGAACAAACGGGCUGAGAAAGAAGACAGCUGUAUUUGAAAGUAAGAAGAAUUAUCUUCAAAACUACAUCCAAAGUGUCCUGUCCUCUAUCGACCUAAGGGACCGUCAGGGAUGCACUAUGGUGGUGGGCAGCGAUGGCAGAUACUUCAGCCGAACUGCCACAGAAGUCAUCGUACAAAUGGCAGCUGCCAACGGGAUAGGACGUCUGGUCAUUGGACACAAUGGGAUCCUGUCAACCCCAGCUGUCUCCUGCAUCAUCAGAAAGAUAAAAGCCAUAGGUGGGAUUGUCCUCACAGCAAGCCACAGUCCAGGAGGCCCAGGAGGAGACUUUGGCAUCAAAUUCAGUGUUGCUAAUGGAGGACCGUCUCCUGACACUGUAAUGGAAAGGAUCCACCAGGUAAGUCGCACGCUAGAGGAAUAUGCCAUCUGCCCUGACCUCCACAUCGACCUGUCCCGCCUUGGCCGUCAUGACUUUGAUUUGGAGAACAAGUUUAAGCCAUUCAGAGUUGAGAUUGUGGAUUCUGUUGAGAUCUAUCUAAACAUGCUGCGUGGGAUUUUUGAUUUUGGGGCGAUCAAAAGCUUUCUGACAGGCCCAGAACAGCUGAAAAUUCGAAUAGAUGCUAUGAACGGAGUCAUGGGACCCUAUGUUCGAAAAAUCCUAUGUGAUGAGCUUGGAGCCCCAGCGAACUCUGCUGUUAACUGUGUCCCUCUGGAGGACUUUGGAGGCCAACAUCCUAACCCAAACCCUGCUUUUGCCGGAUCACUGGUGGAAUCCAUGAAGGGAGGCGAAUUUGGCUUCGGUGCCGCUUUCGAUGCAGAUGGGGACCGCUAUAUGGUUAUGGGUCAGAAUGGAUUCUUUGUGAGCCCAUCAGAUUCACUGGCAGUGAUGGCUGCAAACCUCUCUUGCAUCCCUUACUUUAAUCAGAGAGGGGUACGAGGCUUCGCUCGCAGCAUGCCAACCAGCACGGCCAUUGACAGGGUUGCUAAGGCUAUGAAGGUAGCUCUGUAUGAAACUCCCACAGGCUGGAGGUUUUUUGGCAACUUGAUGGACUCUGGGAGGUGUUCCUUCUGUGGCGAAGAGAGCUUUGGAGCAGGUUCAGACCAUAUUCGGGAUAAAGAUGGCCUGUGGUCGGUUCUGGUGUGGUUAUCCAUCAUGGCUGUGCGUAAACAAGGGGUGGAGGAGAUAGUGAGGGAUCACUGGGCCAAAUUGGGCCGCAACUACUUUUGCAGAUUCGACUAUGAUGGGGUGGAAGGCAGGACAGCGUACUGCCUCAUGAGAGAUUUGGAGGCUGUUAUCACUGAUAAAACCUUUACCAGUCAGAAGUUUGCAGUAGGCAAUAACGUCUACAGCGUGGAGAAGGCUGACAACUUUGAGUACAUCGACCCCGUGGACGGGAGUGUGUCCAGGAAACAGGGCCUAAGGAUCAUAUUCACAGACUCUUCUCGAAUCAUCUUCAGACUCAGUGGAUCGGGAGCUGGAGGCGGAGCCACCAUCCGCAUCUAUGCUGAGAGCUACGAGAGAGAUCCAGAGAGACACAACAGAGAGACUCAGGUUGUGCUGGGCCCGCUUAUUGCCAUUGCUCUAAAGCUCUCGAACAUCCAUGAACGCACUGGACGCAGAGGUCCCAAUGUCAUCACCUGAGACCAAUUCAGCACUGUACAUCUGGGGCCAAUAGAGGGGCCGUGAGACAACUUUCUUUCAAGAUUUAAUUUUCACUUUCCUGAUCCUAAUUUUUUUGUAUGUGCCUUUUCUUUUUUUUCAACACCACGAAGAAUGUGCCAGCUUUUAGUUUCCCUGCUCUUUUACCAUGUUCCUUUCUAUUUGUUUUAUGUAUUUUUUUUUAUUUGUCCCUACAAGGGCCCCUGUAAGGUUUUGACUUCUUUUGCACAUAUUUACACUCAUGUAAACCACUAAAAAAAUCCAAUGGUCUGCAAAAGCUCUAUGCUUACGUUAAAGGCUUUUUACUGUGUUCUGGAUCUGUAUGAGAGUGAGGUUAGUAACAGAACAUAAUAUGCAAGAUCACUUGUGAUUUCAAUAUACUGAUUUGAAUUAGCUGGGGUCUAAAUCCAAAACAUUGUGAAUAUAAUUGUGUGCCUUUGUUUACAAUGCAUCUGACAUGUAUUAAUGAAUGAAAUGAGGGAGCAAUGUUGUUCACUAUUUACUUUUCCUGUGAUGUUCAGGGUGGAGAAAAUCUUGAAUUUUUCCCACAGUUUUUAAAUCCUAGAUUAAAAUCGGUUAAAGCUGGUUUCGAAUUGCAAAAUGUGAAUUAUUUAAAUGUUCUCCAAUUGAACUGACAAACCAUGAAUUGAUUCCAAGUGUGAAAAUAAUAGAAUGAAAAUGUUCCCGUUUUGGUCCUAUCUGCCAUGUAUUGUAAUGAAACAUAUUUUCAUGCUUGAUUAUGUGAAAACUACUAGUCCAGCACAAUAAAAGCCACAUCAAACCUGCCUUCUGAUAUUAAGUUCCCUUAAAUAACAUUUAGGAUAAUUUUUUUUCAUACAAUGUACAGAAACAUUGUAUCGAUACCUACAUUUUUUGCUUUUUUUUAUUACUUGCAUUCCAUUAUGAGUUUGAAGUAUUUUUAUUUUUAUUAUUUUACCAUGCAAAAAUACAUAUUCUGAAGCUGAGACAUUAGUGUUUAAGGUAUGUGCAUACAUUUUUAUUUAACUGCUGAUGCAAAAAAGGCUUAUAUGAACGAUCGCACAGUGAAAAUUUGAGAUUCAGAAGUGAAAAAAAAUGAAAUGAAAAACUCUUUGACAUAAUAAUGCAUGGAAAUAAAUAAAUGACCAUGGCCUUAGCUGUAAUUAAUUUUGUGUCCUAAAUCUUACAUAAUAAACUUCAUCUUUUGUGUGUCCUGA